UUUUGGUUUUGUCGGCGGUUGCUAAACACAAUUUAAGUUCACUCGGUUAGCAGACAUUACACACUGCCCGCUCACAUACAUAUGUACGCACUUGUAUAUAUGUGCAAUUUUGUGUGUGUGUUUGUGCAAGAAACCAGAAAAAACGAAAAGUACAACAUUCGUGGAGUCGCGUUCGGCUUAAUUUUUUUUUUAGUGUUACCGUGUGUGUGUUUGUGCUUUGGAUUUGCCAAUUUUAGCCGACUGGCUCUCAGUAUCGAACUUAAACUUAAAGAGCGAGCAACGUGACGUGCCGCCCAGUGUCGCUUAAAAUUCGCGCACACAACUUCCUACUACAAAAAAAAAAAACGUUAAAAAGCGAGACUUGUUUUUUUUCUUGUGCAUCUGUGUUUUUGUAGAUGUGCAAAAUGUAAUGUGAAGAGAAACAAAGAGAGGGUGAUAGAGGGAGAGUCGCAAAGCGAGAGAGCUAGAGCAGCUGAUUUAGCCGGCAAGAGUCAGCUGUUUCGCGCCAGAGCGAGAUAGUGCUUGUUCGGUGAGGCGAACAUGUUAUGUCUUGUACGCCGUCUCCUCUUUGUGGUUCAUUCGCUCUAGCAAUGCUCCAACAACACCAGCAACCACUGGAAAUACAAGAAGCACAGCAGCAAAUACAACAACAAAAUCCGCGAUUACAACUAAAUAAUAUUUACAAAGAUAUACCACAAAAUCAACAUCAUAUACAAAACCGCCAGGAUUUUCCACAAAUUCAGCAAACCAUAGAAAUAAACAAGUUGCAAUUUAUACAAAAAACACAGCAACAACAAAGUUAUAUGCAACAAAUAUACCAUCAACAACAACAAAGGCAAAACGUUGAUUUUCAGAGUAUCAAUGAAAGGGCUCACAUGCAACCCACACAAAUAUCAAUGCAAAGUCACCAAAAAAUACCAGAAAUACAGCAAUUGCAGCAAAUACAACGUUUAGCGAGAAAACCAAAACUACCGCAAAUACCAGAAAUACUCCAAAUACAGCAAUUUCAAACAGCUACAUCUCAACAAAAGCAAACGAAAAAGCAAGGUGCAAAAACAGCAACGAUAACAUCGUUUAACAGCAAUAGCAACAGCAACAAUAGCAGCAGCAGUAGCAACAACUACUACAACAGCAACAAAAAUAAUAUCGACAAUAAUAGCAGCAACAACAGCGGCCAAAUAAUGUUAGCCUCUGCCAGUGCCUCUGCCUCUGCUCGGAAACGCAGUCGCAGCGCGAGUAACGGCAGCAAAAGCAACAACAAAAGUGCCAGUGGCCGCAAAUUUACCAAAAGCAUGUCCGCCGGCGCUCAGUUGCAGAUGGCCCCGCAGACCACUUCGGCCCUAAGUCACCACCAUCCCAAUCAGCAGCAGCAGCUGCAACCGCCGCAGCAGCAGCAACCACAGCCCCCGCCCCCGCAACAACAGCAUUUUGCUAACCAUCACAGCGCCCAGCAGCAGUCGCAGCAGCAGCAACAGGAGCAACAGAAUCCUCAGCAGCAGGCGCAGCAGCAGCAGAUACUCCCGCAGCAACAUUUGCAGCACCUGCAUAAGCAUCCGCAUCAGCUGCAACUGCAUCAGCAGCAGCAACAACAACUCCACCAGCAGCAGCAACACUUCCACCAGCAGUCGCUGCAAGGGCUGCAUCAGGGUAGCAGCAAUCCGGAUUCGAAUAUGAGCACUGGCUCCUCGCACAGCGAGAAGGAUGUCAAUGAUAUGCUGAGUGGCGGUGCAGCAACUCCAGGAGCUGGAACAUCAGCGAUUCAACAGCAACAACAGCAACAUCCCGCCUUUGCGCCCGCACUAGGAAUGCAGCAACCGCCGCCGCCGCCGCCUCAGCACUCCAAUAAUGGAGGCGAGAUGGGCUACUUGUCGGCAGGCACGACCACGACGACGUCGGUGUUGACGGUAGGCAAACCUCGGACGCCAGCGGAGCGAAAACGGAAGCGGAAAAUGCCGCCAUGUGCCACUAGUGCAGAUGAGGCGGGGAGUGGCGGUGGCUCUGGCGGAGCAGGAGCAACCGUGGUCAACAACAGCACCCUGAAGGGCAAAUCAUUGGCCUUUCGUGAUAUGCCGAAGGUAAACAUGGGCCUGAAUCUGGGCGAUCGUCUGGGAGCAUCUGCAGGUAGCGGAGGAGGAGCUGGUGGCGCUGGAAGCGGAGGAGGUGGCGCUGGUUCCGGUUCUGGGAGCGGUGGCGGCAAGAGCGCCCGCCUAAUGCUGCCCGUCAGCGACAACAAGAAGAUCAACGACUACUUCAAUAAGCAGCAAACGGGCGUAGGCGUCGGCGUGCCAGGUGGUGCUGGUGGCAAUACUGCUGGCCUCCGAGGUUCACAUACGGGAGGUGGCAGCAAGUCACCCUCAUCCGCCCAGCAGCAGCAGCAGCAGCAGACGGCGGCACAGCAGCAGGGUAGCGGUGUUGCGACAGGCGGCAGUGCAGGCGGUUCUGCUGGCAACCAGGUGCAAGUGCAAACAAGCAGCGCCUACGCCCUGUACCCACCAGCUAGUCCCCAAACCCAGACGCCGCAGCAACAGCAGCAGCAGCAACCGGGAGCCGACUUUCACUAUGUUAACUCCAGCAAGGCGCAGCAACAGCAGCAGCGCCAACAACAACAGACUUCCAAUCAAAUGGUUCCUCCACACGUGGUCGUCGGCCUUGGUGGUCAUCCCCUGAGCCUGGCGUCCAUCCAGCAGCAGACGCCCCUGUCCCAGCAGCAACAGCAACAGCAACAACAGCAGCAGCAACAGCAGCAAUUGGGACCACCGACCACAUCGACGGCCUCUGUGGUGCCAACGCAUCCGCAUCAACUCGGCUCCCUGGGAGUUGUUGGGAUGGUCGGUGUGGGCGUUGGAGUAAAUGUGGGUGUGGGACCACCACUGCCACCACCACCGCCGAUGGCCAUGCCCGCGGCCAUUAUCACUUAUAGUAAGGCCACUCAAACGGAGGUGUCGCUGCAUGAAUUGCAGGAACGCGAAGCGGAACACGAAUCGGGCAAGGUGAAGCUAGACGAGAUGACACGGCUGUCGGACGAACAAAAGUCCCAGAUUGUUGGCAACCAGAAGACGAUCGACCAGCACAAGUGCCACAUAGCCAAGUGUAUUGAUGUGGUUAAGAAGCUUUUGAAGGAGAAGAGCAGCAUCGAGAAGAAGGAGGCGCGACAGAAGUGCAUGCAAAAUCGCCUUAGGCUCGGUCAGUUUGUCACCCAACGAGUGGGCGCCACAUUCCAGGAGAACUGGACGGACGGCUAUGCGUUUCAGGAGCUGAGUCGGCGACAAGAAGAAAUAACCGCUGAGCGUGAAGAGAUUGAUCGGCAGAAAAAGCAGCUGAUGAAAAAGCGUCCAGCGGAGUCCGGACGCAAGCGCAACAACAACAGCAACCAGAACAACCAGCAGCAGCAGCAACAGCAACACCAGCAACAGCAGCAGCAACAAAAUUCCAACUCGAACGAUUCCUCGCAGCUGACGGGCGGAGUUGUCACCGGUCCGGGCAGCGAUCGCGUUAGCGUUAGCGUCGACAGCGGAUUGGGUGGCAAUAAUGCGGGCGCGAUCGGUGGCGGAGCCGUUGGCGGUGGCGUUGGAGGUGGUGGUGUUGGAGGCGGUGGUGUUGGUGGUGUCGGAGGCGGUGGCGGACGUGGUCUUUCUCGCAGCAAUUCGACGCAGGCCAAUCAGGCCCAAUUACUGCACAAUGGCGGCGGUGGCUCGGGCGGCAAUGUUGGCAACUCGGGCGGCGUUGGCGAUCGAUUGUCAGAUCGAGGAGGAGGAGGUGGCGGCAUCGGCGGAAAUGACAGCGGCAGCUGCUCGGACUCGGGCACGUUCCUGAAGCCAGACCCCGUAUCGGGAGCGUACACAGCCCAGGAGUACUAUGAGUACGAUGAGAUCCUCAAGCUGCGCCAAAAUGCCCUCAAAAAGGAGGACGCCGACCUGCAGCUGGAGAUGGAGAAGCUGGAGCGGGAGCGCAAUCUACACAUCCGAGAGCUUAAGCGGAUUCUUAACGAGGAUCAGUCCCGCUUCAACAAUCAUCCCGUGCUAAACGAUCGCUAUCUUCUGUUGAUGCUCCUGGGCAAGGGCGGCUUCUCAGAGGUCCACAAGGCCUUCGACCUGAAGGAGCAACGCUAUGUCGCAUGUAAGGUGCACCAAUUAAACAAGGAUUGGAAGGAGGAUAAGAAAGCUAAUUAUAUCAAACACGCUUUGCGGGAAUACAACAUUCACAAAGCACUUGAUCAUCCACGGGUCGUCAAGCUUUACGACGUAUUCGAGAUCGAUGCGAAUUCCUUUUGCACAGUGCUCGAAUACUGUGAUGGUCACGAUCUGGACUUCUAUUUAAAGCAACAUAAGACUAUACCCGAGCGUGAAGCGCGCUCGAUAAUAAUGCAGGUUGUAUCUGCACUCAAGUAUCUAAAUGAGAUUAAGCCUCCAGUUAUCCACUACGAUCUGAAGCCCGGCAACAUUCUGCUCACCGAGGGCAACGUCUGCGGCGAGAUUAAGAUCACCGACUUCGGUCUGUCAAAGGUGAUGGACGACGAGAACUACAAUCCCGAUCACGGCAUGGAUCUGACCUCUCAGGGAGCUGGAACCUACUGGUAUCUGCCACCCGAGUGCUUUGUCGUGGGCAAGAAUCCGCCGAAAAUCUCCUCCAAAGUUGACGUGUGGAGUGUGGGUGUCAUCUUCUACCAGUGUCUGUACGGCAAAAAACCCUUCGGUCACAAUCAGUCGCAGGCCACGAUUCUGGAAGAGAAUACGAUCCUGAAGGCCACCGAAGUGCAGUUUUCCAACAAGCCAACUGUUUCUAAUGAGGCCAAGAGUUUCAUUCGGGGAUGUUUGGCAUAUCGCAAGGAGGAUCGCAUGGAUGUGUUCGCGCUGGCCAGGCACGAGUACAUUCAACCACCGAUACCGAAGCAUGGGCGCGGUUCACUUAACCAGCAACAGCAGGCGCAACAACAACAGCAGCAACAACAGCAACAGCAGCAGCAACAAUCGUCAACGUCACAGGCCAAUUCAACAGGCCAGACAUCGUUCUCUGCCCACAUGUUUGGCAAUAUGAAUCAGUCGAGUUCGUCCUAGCUGCCAACCAAGCGCAAUUCAAACUCAUAAUUCGCCGCCGCCGCAGUAGCAGCAGCAACAUUAGCUGCGAGCCAACAGCAAAUCCAACAGCAGCAGCAACUCCAAACCCAGCAAUACCAGCAGAAUCAGCAACUCCAUUUGCAAAACAGCAGUAGCAACUAUGCGGCCUCGCUUCUAGAUGCAGCGGCCUUUUGCUACGAAACUGUGAUGGAUGCAACCCACUUCCAAAACAACAAUAAUAACAGCACCAUCAUUAAAAACAAUAUGCAGACAAUGCCGGCAAACGCUGCCAAUGCUGCUGCAGCUGCAGCUGCAGGAGGAGGGGGAACACCGACCUAUCAGGGGAAAUACAAGCGCUGGCAGCAGCAACAGUUACAACAGCAGGCGCAACUGCAACAGCAGCAGCACAAGCUGCUGUUGCAGCAAGAGCUGCUCUAAAAUAAGAUAAGCGUUAUGAUGAUUUGAAGGGAAUGAUGACAAGGGAGUUUAAGAGAACAAGGAGCUGCCUGCGACACUGCCGCCAAGCCACGCUAGUAUUGCUGCUGCAACAGCAACGCCGUCAGAAACAACAACACCCCAAGGAUUUUCACAGCGAGUCGCAAACCAUCAACAAAAACUUAUAUUAAUAAAACUAUAAAAAAAUAUAUAUAUAUGCAUAUAUAUAUAUUAAAUGUGAUAAACAAGCGUAAAGCAAAAAAAAAAACAACAAAUACGAGCGGAAAGCAGCAAAAACAGCAGGAGAAGGACGAACAACCGGGGCAUACCCCGAAAAGUUGGGGAAGAAGCCAAGCUGCAUCUGAAAACCAGAAGAAAAUAGCAUAGAAAAAAAUAUAGGAGCAGAAGACAGGUAAAGAGUUUACAUCUGCAAAGAAUGGUCGAGGAAAAAGCUUGAGAAAUUGUUUAUAAAGGCUGCUAUAAACACACACUUUUUUUUUGUUAACUAUAACUACCAAGCAGAAUAAUUAAUUAAUUAAUAUAUAAUAAAUAAUAAUUAAUUGCUAAAUGUAAAUUAGUAAGUAGGGUGGCAUCUAAAACAAAACAGAAACGCAAAACACGAUUCCCAAGAACGCGAAGGAGCAUAAGGAAGGAACAACAUUUUUUUUCUUUGUAUUACAUAGCAAAUUAGCUUAGGCUAAAAGGGCACACAUUAUAGAAACUAAAACGGAAAACCCGCAAAAAAGCAAAAAAAGUUUAAAAGACGCAGAGAAAAGAAAACAUUUGCAAUGGGAAAUUAAAAAUUAUUGCAUUAUUUGUUGGGUUAUGUUUGUAGUUCAAACAUUAAAAUAACACUUACUCAUACACACAACGUAGACACAGCAGACUAAUUUUGCCUUACAAAAAAAAACCGAUAAUGUUAAUUAAAAAUUUUCAUUUUGUCUCCAUGCAGGUAAAUACCUGUAUGUGUUAACGUUUAUGCAAAAUAUAUAUAUAUAUAUAUAUAUAUAUAUAUAUAUGUAUAUAUAUCUUUCUUUUAACGCUUUUGAUUGGAAAACACCCCAAUAUAUUUUAUUCGAUUUUAAAUAUUAAAAAAGUUAUUCUUGUUUGUUUUGUAUCAAAAUCCAAAAAAAUUGAUUUAAUAAUAUAAAUUCCUUAAACACACCACCAAAAAUACACAUAUAUAUAUAUACACACAUAUAUAUAUAUAUAUAUAUAUAUAUACAUUUGUAUAUAGUCCUAUCUAAACCACAUAGAAAUCCGCAGCGAUAAAAACUGAAAAAUUCAUAGAAUCAAACGCAAUUCCAAAA